AUGAAAGAAGAGAUCAAGAAAGUCAUGAAGGAGCUACACUAUAAUCCUAAAGUCGAUGGGUUGAGUUAUGAGAAUAUGUGCAUCCAUCCGAAGCUGGACCUCUCGGAAGGGUUUAAAGUGCCAAAAUUUGACACUUUCAGAGGAACAGGGAAUCCAUUGGCGCACCUGGGGGCCUACUGUGACCAGCUCGUGGGAGUUGGAAGGAAUGGAGCUUUAUUAAUGUGGCUUUUUAGCCGAAGUUUGAAUGGAGAAGCGUUGGAAUGGUUUACCUCCCAUGAGACAAAGCAGUGGUCUAGCUGGAAUGCACUAGCUAAAGAUUUCGUCAAACAGUUCGCCUACAAUGUGAAGAUUGUUCCUGAUCGCUAUUCUUUGGAGAGAAUAAAGAAGAAAUCCACUGAAAGCUAUUAUGAAUAUGCGUAUAGGUGGAGGAAAGAGGCCGCUCGGGUUCGACCCUCUAUGUCAGAGAAAAUCAUUGAAGUGUUCAUACGCAUUCAAGAACCAGAGUAUUAUGACAGGAUAAUGUUGCUCAUUAGAGCAAAAUUUGCAGAGAUAGUCAAAGUAGGUGAGGCUAUCGAAGAUGGGAUUAAAACCGAAAAGAUUUCUCGCAUUGCCGCCCCAACCGAAUCUUCAAGAUUGUUGAAAAAGAAGAGAGAGGACGUGUCUUCUAUUUCCUGUUAUCAAACUCCACCACCGAGUUACCAAAUUUUACCUCCUAAUUACCAAACUCCACCAGCGAGCUACCAAAUUCCAUCUCUUGUUUACCUGACUCCACAUCCACAUUACCAAAAUACCCAUCCAUAUUACCAAGCUCCAUCAGUUAAUUGUUCAAAUAUCCAAUCAAGUUACCAAAUUCCACCCCCGCACUACCAAAAUACCCCUUCUAGCUACCGAGCUCCACAAUACCCAAAUUUCCAAACACAAGCACCAACUUACCAAAAUCCUCCAAACUACCGUCAAAUACCUUCACAUCCAGGAAAUAAUUACAAUCUUCCUCGCCCAAAUCUUGAGAAGAAAUCUUCUAGAGUCUUUACUUCUUUGGUUGAGAGCCGAACACAACUUUUUGAAAGAUUGAAAUCAGCUGACCUGAUACAGACAAUUGAUCCAAAAAAUAUCAAUGUCAACUUCAAGCUUUAUAGACCCGAUCUUCAUUGUGCUUACCAUUCAAGAGGUGCUGGGCAUAUUACUGAGGAUUGUAUCAACUUGAAGCAUAAAAUUCAAGACUUGAUAGAUCAAAAGGUCAUCACUCUUCAGACUGCCACUCCUAAUGUCAAUAGUAAGCCCAUGUCGAAUCAGGGAGGGGUAACUCUUAAUAUGGUUGAAGUCGAAGAAGAUUUGAAUGUGAAGAAAGUAUAA